AUGGACGCGCUCCCAGGGCGCCCAGGCAAUCUCACCCCCGAGCAGGACGAAGCGCUCCGGAGGUUUUGGACAUUAUUCUUGCACACGUGCGGCGUCUUCGCCGACGACGAAGCAGGUCACGAGGUUGAAUCGACGCCGGCAUCCACGACGGGGACAGAUACUGAGGUUGCAGGGGACAAGAAGAAGAAGCGAGGGCUCUCACUCUUCAAGAAGAAGAAGGAUAAGGAUGCCGACAAGUCAUCCAAGUCGGCAGGCUCGGACGAGGUCGUCAAAGCCGACGACACAGACGACAAAUGGGGCGAAACCAAGGCAUACCACGAGACGCUUGCGAAGCACACCCCGGAUCAGAUUCGAGCCACGAUCUGGAGCAUGGUCAAGCACGACCACCCUGAUGCCCUCCUGCUGCGGUUCCUUAGGGCACGCAAGUGGGAUGAGCAUAAGGCUCUCGUUAUGCUCAUGUCCUGCAUGAACUGGCGUGCCGACGAGGCGCAUGUUGACGACGACAUCAUGGUCCAUGGCGAGAAGCAGGCUGUCGAGCACGAGGCAGGCGACAACGCGGAGCUGAAGCAGGCCGGCACAGAUUUCUUGUCGCAGAUGCGGCUCGGGAAGACGUAUAUCCAUGGGGUUGACAAGAGCGGCCGUCCGAUGUCAAUCGCUCACGCCCGUCUGCACAAGGCUGGCGAACAAUCCCAGGAGAGUCUCGAGAGAUACACAGUGUAUCUCAUCGAGACGUCGAGGCUGAUGCUCACGCCACCCGCUGACACCGGGUGUGUCAUGUUUGACAUGACUGGGUUCUCUGUCGCCAACAUGGACUACGCCCCUGUGAAGUUCAUGAUAAAGUGCUUCGAGGCCAAUUACCCGGAGAGCCUCGGUGUUGUGCUGAUCCACAAGUCGCCAUGGGUGUUUCAAGGUAUCUGGAAAAUCAUCCGUGGCUGGCUGGACCCCGUAGUCGCCAGCAAAGUGCACUUUACCAACUCGGCAAAGGAUCUCGAGGAGUUUAUCGACAAGGACAGAAUACCCAAGUUCCUCGACGGGCCACAGGACUGGACGUUCAAGUACAUGGAGCCGGUGCCCGGCGAGAACGACAGGAUGAAGGACACGGCCACUCGCGACAAGUUGCUCCAGGAGCGCGAGGGCCUCUACAAGGACUUUGAGUCGCAUACUGUCGCGUGGGUCCAUGAGACCGAUGCCGAAAAGCGCAAGGCCUUGCUGCUGGAGCGUAACGGCGUAGCAAAGCAGCUACGGCAACAGUACUGGCAACUCGACCCGUACAUUCGAGCACGAUCCUUUUACGACCGCAUUGGCGUCAUCAGAGGGGACGGCACCGUCAAUCACUACCCUGAGUCUGAGUCGUCGCGACCGGUGCCUGUCAGCAACGGACUGGCGACCCAAACGGAGACGUCCGCAGAUGAUGUUGACUAG